AUGAAAUGGGAGCUGCCGAGUCCCAUUGCCAGCAGCAGCCCAGUUGUUGCACGGUGGCACCAUUUGUGUAGAAGAGAAGGCAGAAGUACAGACACUUUAACUGGAGCUCCAUUAGUGACUGUAAUAGAAGCAGGAGAGCAAACCUGGACUGAGACACUGCUGGGGGCUGGCCCAUCACCAUUAACUAAAGAACUGGGAGGAGCAGAAACACCACCAAGAAAUGACCAAUGGGCUAGAGUGGAAAUGGUGACAAUGAAGCAGGCAGAAGAAGAGACAUCGUUAAUGGUGGAGGGUGGAACCCGAGCAGGGACGGAGAAUGAAACUAGAUCUGUAACCUUUGUCGGGAAUGUGGUCAGGCCAAUAACUUGGCCAGGAACAAAUAGUGGACCAGCAACAGAGGCUGCAACAGACACAAACAUGGGUUCUCGAGGCUUAGCCAAUGUGGAACUCCCUACAUCUGGGAAAGCAGACUCUCAGCCAGUUUGUGCAGGGCACUCUACAACUUCAGCACGCAAGAACUAUCUAGCUGAUGUUUCUUUGCAUGUAAAACAGGAUCACACAAUAAAAAAUCGGUGCAUAUCUUUAAUUCCUUUGAAAGUCUUAGAUGCUCCAGGAUUGAAGGAUGAUUACUAUCUUAAUUUGGUCGACUGGAAUGCUGCAAAUAUAGUAGCUAUUGCCCUUUCCAAUGCAGCUUAUCUUUGGCACCCAGAGAAGGGAGUCCAUAAGGCCUUAAAUGUGGAAUCUGGAUACAUUUCGUCUCUGGCCUGGAUUAAGGAUAGAAACAGCCUCGCAAUUGGAACUAGUGCUUCCCAGGUACAGCUGUGGGAUGUUGAGACGAAGAAGAAAUUGCGAAAUAUGCAAAGUCAUUGCUCAAUGGUUGGAGCUCUUAGUUGGAAUGACCACAUUCUUACCAGUGGUUCUCGGUUUGGAUCCAUUCAUCAUCACGAUGUACGAAUUGCACGACACCAUGUUGGCACUCUCUGUGGUCAUGAUUCACAAGUAUGUAGCCUUAAAUGGUCACUGGAUGGUGCAUUCCUUGCUAGUGGUGGAAAUGAUGGUCUGCUGAAUAUCUGGCACAAUGAUCCUGGAGUCAACACCAGUAGUAAACCGGAUCUGACCAUUAAUAAUCUAGAGUCAGCUGUAAAGAUUUGUUCAUUGCUCUGGUUACCAAAGUACAAAGAGCUAGUAACUGGUCAUGGUUUUCCCAAACAUCAGGUCUCAGUCUGGAACUACCCAUCCCUUACAAAAUCAGCUGAUCUCAAAGGUCACAGAGGGAGAGUUCUGCACAUGGCAUCGAGUCCUGAUUGCAAUGUGGUGUUUUCAGCAGCAGCCGAUGAAACGGUCUGUUUGUGGAAUUGCCUGACUGUCAAAGAACAGACAGCAGAUAGUUUCAUGGAAGGGACAGUGACUUUUUAA